CCCGCCGCGCCCCCGGCCCCCGCCCGGAGGGAGCCCGGAGGUCCGCUCCCCGCGGGGACGUGCCGGUGUCCCCAGGGGCCGAGGGAAAGCGAUUGCCGGUCCACCAACCCCGGGCAACACCAUGGCCAUUGCAGUCACCGGGGAGGAGACCCGGCUCUGCGGGAACUGCACAAAGGAUAUUCCCGUUGCUAAUUUCAUCAUGCAUGAAAUCCACUGUAGCAGAAAUAUUGAAGUAUGUCGCUACUGCAGUGAAUCAAUCCCAAAGUCUGAAAUGAAGAACCACAUGGAAUCUGAACACGGGCAGGUUACCUGCAAGUGUAGGAUGAAGAUAGAAAGAAGUCUCUUGAAGGAUCAUGAGGCGUCAGCCUGUCCUCUGCGUCCUGCCCUCUGCCAGUACUGUGACUUACAGCUCGCUUUCAGCAAGCUCCAGGACCAUGAAAUCUACUGCGGAGCUAGGACUGAGAGAUGUGGUGGGUGCGGUCGUAACAUCAUGAUGAAAGAUCUGAAAGAGCAUCCUCAAGUCUGUGGGCAAGAGGUGAAACAAGCGAGGGGAAGCAGAACAGCACCUCGCUUUGAGGAUGAGGAUGCAGAUCUCCAUGCCCUUCGAGACAUUAGAAACCGGCUGAGAUCAGAGAACGAACUGGAGCAGUUGGUGAGAAAUGAAAACACUCAUUCUUCACUUUACGAAGAGUGGAACGCCGAUUUAGACUACGUGUUGGCUCUUAGCCUACAAAAUGAGAAUAAUCCUCACAACAAGACCGCAGCUGAGAUUCCCAGUGACUUCUGGGAAAAUUACUACACCAAAGAGUCUGUGCCAUUGGCCUGUCUUAAUGGACCAGACAAGUCAAAUGUCUUCUCCUAUGACUCCUUACUGUCUUUUAGCACAUCUAACCACUUGAAAAGCGACGAGGUCACCAUGUUGCCGUGUGAAUUUUGUGAGGAGCUCUACCCUGCUGAAGAUCUGAUUCUUCACCAGACAGGUUGUAACCCAGCAAGUGCCUUUGCCUCAUUCAGUAAAAGAAGUUCUUCUCCAAAUCCACGAGAAUACGGUGGUCUGCGUGCUAUGGGGUCCAAAAGCUGUAGGUCUCUCUCUUCAUCUCAGCCCCAAGGUGUCCAGGCAGAAGGAGACAUCAUGAUCCCAUGUGAAUUUUGUGGCAUCCAGCUAGAAGAGGAGACAGUCUUUCAUCAUCAGCACCAUUGCGACCUGCGCCCGGCCAGCCCAGCAGCCGCCUCUCCACCCCAGCAGCUGCUGCCUCCGCAAGCCAACAGAGAGAGACGAGACUCGCCAGAGCUGGCUCGGAGACGAAUCAGGCAUCAAGGAGAUGUUUCUCCUCAGUGCAUAGAGGCCUUUGGGCAGCAGAGGCUCAGCUGUCCUGCAGGAGGGACCAAGUCACUGAAUAAUACGGCAAAUGCCAGGAACGCGCCAUUGUCCUCUUCAGCCAGAGCCAGCGAUGGUCCCGAUGUGAGAGGGAAGCCCAGGAAGGUGACUGGCAGUGAGGGGAGACCGAAGAACAGAGGUACCAGUGAAUCUGCAGCUGGGACAACGCCACGUGGGAGACCUACCCAGAACUUCCAUUCAGAAGCCUUCACAUCCAGCUUCUCGAGAACUUCUCCGACCCAACCAAGUGCCAGCAACGCAGGAGGAAGGAGCCACGGGAUGUCGGACGUUCCCAUCGGCUUCAGGCGCAGGAGCACAAAGGCAAAAGCCCAGAGCCCAGCAUCGGAUUAUCCGGAGGAAAAGUGAUCCACCGCUUCGAAAAAACCAUGUUGAGCACUCUACGCACUAUUACUCUGCACUCUAGUACUUACAGGAAUUCCCUUGCACUCUGAUCAGUAUCUCCAUGGCAUUGAAAACUUUCUAUGAAUUCAACUUUUUAUAGGCAGUGAUCAUUCUCUAUCUACACAUUUAUGUAUUUUUAACGUGUGAGAGUAUACUACAGGUUUUUACUUCUGUGAUCUCUGCUAGCGACAUCCCAAGACAGCAAAUACGCUUCUGCCUCGGGCACCACCUGGGUUCUUUCUGUACCGGCUCUUUGUGACAGCCGGUGACAGGGACGUGUUUGACGUACGUGGUGUGUCUCACCGGGGCGAUGCCGCGUGUCCCUGGGGGGAGCUGCACCUUGAGCUGCUCGUCACCGGGUGUUCCCAGCCUUGCCCAGGACGCAGAUGGGGGAUUAUCGUUGUCAGUGGAUAAGCCCUGAGCCCGUGGCUCGCCUGUUAAAUGCUUUUUAAUGCAGUAUUAGUCCAGGCUUUUUAAAUUCCUUGUAAUAAAAUUUAUCUAAUGAUGUCCCAAACUGAUGUGCAGUAAAAAUCUGUUACAUGAAGUGACGUGGGGCGACAGAUGCUCUCUGAGGGUACAUCUACCACCCCACCCUCGCGCUGGCCCCUUCAGAGUCAGGGGCAGGGGGCUCCCUUAAUUUGUGGUCUGCUGUUAUUACCCGCAUUAGAUCUUUGUUAAUU